AUGAAGUCUACGUCCGACACAUAUAUUGAUUUCCCUGAGCCCGAGGACCAGCCCGAGGACCAGCCCGAGUACCAGCCCGAGUACCAGCCCGAGUACCAGCCCGAGUACCAGCCCGAGUACCAGCCCGAGUACCAGCCCGAGGACAAGUCUGAGGACCAGCCUGAGGAUUCCAAGGCUAGUGUGGAUCCAUGGCCUCCUUCCCUGCUGUUCCACAAUGGAUGCCCGCUGCUGAACCACGGAGGAAUAGCGCGCACUCUCUGGGACAUUAUUGUCAACCUGGCCACCCUCUACAUCGCCAUCAUCGUGCCCUACGAGAUCACCUUCAUGAGAGCCAACCUGGCAAACCGACCCACCCUGGUGCUGGACACCAUCAUGGAGGUCUUCUUUGUCCUGGACAUCUUGGUGAACUUCCGGACCAGCUACGAAGUGGAGGAGGUACUGGUGACCGACAGCCGCUCCAUCUGCGUGCGCUACGUGAAGUCCUGGCUCCUCAUCGACAUCAUCGCCGCGACGCCCCUGGACCUGCUCCACAUCUUCAACAUCCACGUGAGCGACAAGAUGCACCUGAUGAAGACCGUGAGGCUGGUGCGGCUGGUGCGGCUGAUCAAGAAGCUGGAAAAGUACUCGGCCAACAGCACCUUGGUCCUGUCCAUCCUGAUGUUCUCCUUCACACUGAUCGCUCACUGGGCCGCCUGUGUGUGGUACGAGAUCGGCCUGUUCGACCUCGGGACGUCGCACUGGCAAGUGGGGUGGCUGGCCCAAAUGGCGAAGAGGCUGGAGCGGCCAUACUUGGCGAACAGGACAGGGGGUCUCUCGGAGGCGGAUGCCUACACGGGGGCCAUCUACUUCACCGUGAGCAGCAUGACGACGGUGGGCUUCGGCAACAUCAGCCCCCACACCAAACCUGAGAAGUGGUUCGCCACCUGCCUCAUGUUGUCCGGAGCUCUGAUGCAUGCCCUUAUCUUUGGGAACGUGUCAGCCAUAAUCUACCGCCUCUACGCCGGUCUCUCCAACUUCCACGUUCGCAUAAAUGAGCUAAAAAAGUUCAUCACAGAGCAUGAGUUUCCGGAGGACCUCAGCAGAAGUAUGCGCUGCUACGCCAAAAACAACUGGGCGUCUCAAGGGAUCAAGCACCAUGUGCUGCUCCAGGAUUUCCCGGAGGACAUCUACAGUAAAAUCCACCUGCACCUGUUUCGCCAAAUCCUGGACCAGCCCCUGUUCAAGCGUGGCGACGCCAGAGUGAAGAAGGAGCUGGCCCUUCAUGUGAGCGUCUCCACCCAUCACCACGGCGAUGUCUUCAUCCACAAGGGCGAGGUGGUGCAGGCGCUGCAUAUGGUCAGCAGUGGAGCGCUGCAGCUGCCAAAUGGAGACUUACUAGGCCCAGGAGUGCUGUUUGGAACCUGGCAGAUGAGGAGGCGUCCGAUGUCAAGUGAGACGCUGCGAGUUGUGGGCGGCUGCAGCGUCCACUCUCUGAGUCUGGAAGCUUUGCAGAGAGUCUUAGACCUGUUCCCACAGUGGGGCAUGGAGUUCUACAGGGACCUGCAACUGGACCUGGACUUUGACAUCGGCCCCAAGACCAUGGAUAAUUUCUUCGACUGCCACACGGACUCCACCGCGUUUGCGUGA